GAGAGAAACCUCCAGGUUUCCGUUUAAAUAUGAGAAGUGUAGGGAAGGUCCAAAACACAUAACCCUGUAAGUGUUGGGGUGGGGGGAGGGAUAUGUGCCAAUUAAUACAUUAAUUUUAGAAAAAAGCAGCAGUGGGGAAAAAAAAUUCUAUGUAUCCCCUCUUUGGCAGUUUGACAAAGUUAAUGAUUAAAAUGUCCUAUAUUUUCCCCAGAGUGUCUAUUUGCCUUGAUUGAUAUUAUUUUACCUCUUGUGGGCCAAGGAUGACUGCCCUUGCUUCUGUGUAGAGAUUAAUAAUUGAUUAGUUCACAGUCAGGAAUCUUAGUAAAAAGAAAUUGGUUACUUUGGGCUGCUACUUUGUACUGGGUCAUGUACAGGAGACGGGGUGCUGCAGAACUUGCUGGCAGAAAGAUGAAGGUGAUCCUGGUCCUUCUGCUUGCUGUAGCAUUUGUGCAUGCUCUAGAAAGAGGCCGAGAUUAUGAGAAGGAUAAAGUUUGCAAGGAACUUGCCAGUCUGGGAAAAGAGGACUUCACAUCCUUGUCAAUGGUCUUAUACAGCAGAAAGUUUCCCAGUGGCACAUUUGAACAGAUCUGUCACCUUGUGAAUGAAGUUGUCUCCUUGACAGAAGCCUGCUGUGCUGAAGGAGCUGACCCCGACUGCUAUGACCGCAGGACCUCAGCAUUGUCUGCUAGGUCCUGUGAAAAGGACUCUCCAUUCCCAGUACACCCAGGAACUGCUGAGUGCUGUACCAGAGAGGGCCUUGAACAGAAACUCUGUAUGGCCGCCCUGAGGCACCAGCCACAAGAAUUUCCUACCUACGUAGAGCCAACAAAUGAUGAAAUCUGUGAGGCAUUCAGGAAAGAUCCCAAAGACUUUGCUGAGCAAUUUAUGUAUGAAUAUUCCAUUAACUAUGGACAAGCCCCUCUGUCGCUCUUAGUCAGUUAUACCAAGAGUUAUCUCUCUAUGGUGGGAUCCUGCUGUACCUCACCAGGCCCAACAAUAUGCUUUUUGAAAGAGAGACUCCAGAUGAAACAUUUAUCACUUCUCACCACUAUGUCAAAUAGAGUCUGUUCACAAUAUGCUGCUUAUGGGAAGGAGAAAUCAAGGCUCAGCCAUCUCAUAAAAUUAGCCCAGAAAGUGCCAACUGCUAAUCUGGAGGAUGUUUUGCCACUAGCUGAAGAGAUCAACACAAUCCUCUCCAAGUGCUGUGAGUCUACCUCUGAGGACUGCAUGGCCAAGGAGCUGCCUGAAUACACAGUAAAAAUCUGUGACAACUUAUCCACAAAGAAUUCUAAGUUUAAGGACUGUUGUCAAGAAAAAACGCCCAUGGACGUGUUUGUGUGCGCUUACUUCCUGCCAGCUGCCCCAACACCUGAGCUGCCAGCCAUCGAGUGGCCCACAAAUACAGACCUGUGUGACAAAGGGAAUGCCAAAGCCAUAGAUCAGUAUACAUUUGAACUAAGUAGGAGAACUCAUCUCCCAGAAGUAUUCCUCAGUAAAAUACUUGAGCCAACCUUCAAAAGCCUUGCCGAAUGCUGUGACUCUGAAGAUGCUACAGGCUGUAUGAAUGCUCAGGGCCCUCAACUGAAAAAGGAAUUAUCUUCUUUCAUUGACAAGGGACAAAAACUAUGUGCAGAUUAUUCAGAAAAUACUUUUACUGAGUAUAAGAAAAAACUAGCAGAGCAAUUAAGAGCACAAUUCCCUGAUGCCAGUGCCGUGGAACUCCAAGGGCUGAUUGACAAGCGCUCAGACUUUGCCUCCAAGUGCUGUUCCAUCAACUCACCUCCUCUCUACUGUGAUUCAGAGAUUGAUGUUGAAAUGAAAAAUAUCCUAUAGUCCUGAUGCAUGUGUGUAUUAGAUCUGUUGUUGGAACCACCUGGGAAUAUCUCAUGGCCUAACCUAAGCAAAACCAGAGCUCCUGGGGAGACCAGUAGGAUACUCCCUGCUUUUUAUCAGCUACAUUUUCUUUAUACAACAAGUUUGAUAAUUUACUAUAAAAAAUAAAUAUAAUGCAGACCAUAA